CCCGAUUACAAAAAGGAUUCGACUGAAAAACUGAAAACGGGACAUCUAACAAUUUAUGUGGGUGACGUAAACAGUUUAUGAGUUGUGAGAGCUAUGGGUGUUUUAUGCUCCUCACAUUCGACACAGAUCAAUUAUGAAGUAUCGACACAGACCAAUGAUCAAGUAUCGACACAGACCAAUGAUGAAGUAUCGACACAGACCAAUGAUCAAGUAUCGACACAGACCAAUGAUGAAGUAUCGACACAGACCAAUGAUGAAGUAUCGACACAGACCAAUGAUCAAGUAUCGACACAGACCAAUGAUCAAGUAUCGACACAGACCAAUGAUGAAGUAUCGACACAGACCGAUGAUCAAGUAUCGACACAGACCAAUGAUCAAGUUAUGACACAGACCAAUGAUGAAGUAUCGACACAGACCGAUUAUGAAGUAUCGACACAGACCAAUGAUGAAGUAUCGACACAGACCAAUGAUCAAGUAUCGACACAGACCAAUGAUCAAGUUAUGACACAGACCAAUGAUGAAGUAUCGACACAGACCGAUGAUCAAGUAUCGACACAGACAAUGAUCAAGUUAUGACACAGACCAAUGAUCAAGUAUCGACACAGACCAAUUAUGAAGUAUCGACACAGACCAAUGAUCAAGUAUCGACACAGACCAAUUAUGAAGUAUCGACACAGACCAAUUAUGAAGUAUCGACACAGACCAAUGAUCAAGUAUCGACACAGACCGAUAAUCAAGUAUCGACACAGACCGAUGAUCAAGUAUCGACACAGACCAAUGAUGAAGUAUCGACACAGACCGAUGAUCAAGUAUCGACACAGACCAAUGAUCAAGUAUCGACACAGACCGAUGAUCAAGUAUCGACACAGACCAAUGAUGAAGUAUCGACACAGACCAAUGAUGAAGUAUCGACACAGACCAAUGAUGAAGUAUCGACACAGACCAAUGAUGAAGUAUCGGCACAGACCGAUGAUCAAGUAUCGACACAAACCAAUGAUCAAGUAUAUGGUCACAGAGAUUACGAAGGAGUCUACGACGACAAAGAAGUAAUUGAACUAAAUUCUUUAUUUAUAUUAAUUUAUCGGAUUGUUAAUCAAGUGAGUCGAACGAAUAAAGGUCUAUUACUUUUAAAAGCGAGAUAAAAUGGUACGACGGAGGAAAGUGACAAAUAACAUCAAUCGCAACUUUUCGGCCCUUUCCGUCAGUCUUCGGAUAAGGACCUCGAAACGUACGACAUUUCGGUAGAAACUAGACAUGUAAACAAAUAGUUAUUUAAUGUUGGGAGUUGUUGACAAGUUUAUUUCCAAUAUAUUAAGUAAAUGCCCACCUAAACUAAGUAAAUUCAUAGAUACAAAAAGAAAACAAUACAUUAUUUGUGUAUUGUAAAAACCAAAAGUACAAAAUGCCAAUUAACCUGUUGACAUUUAGCCGCAUUUGUUUAAAAUUGUACAUCAGUAGGCAUAUUUAAAUUAAAAUGGUUGUCAGACAUAUUUUCAAUCAUAAUUGUAUCGGAACAGACUUAAUUUUCUUUAGGAUGACGUUUUACAGUAUCGAAGAUUACACUUUUUUAUGUAUACAUUUGAAACCACUACUUUCACUCCGUAUUAUUUCCGAGUUUAUUAUAGAUAGAAGCCGAGGACGUUCCGAUUGAAACAUGGGUAAGAGCCAGUUUGUUAUGUUGUACUUUUUGUUCGAACAAUAUAGUGCAUGCUGAGCAGGAGAUAUUAUACAAUUAUUGACAAUAUGAUGUGAAUAUCACAUCA